UUGUUAUCGUUUACAUAUGUUCAUGUUUCGCAAGGAUUGUUCCUUACCAAUAGCCAGAAUAUUCGAAAAUAUAUUCUCUGAAAGUAUUGUUCCGGUUCAGGAAAGUACCUCCAGUCACAACUCCAGUGACUGUUCAAAGCUGAGAGUUCUGCUUACCAUACCGUUUUGAGAUAGAAAAACUACCGUAGGUUACGGUAUCUGGUCAAUUUGGCAAGUCUGUUUAGAGUUAAUCGAAGAAAACAAUAGGAAACAUGAGUGAUUCUCGGGAAAAUACAUAUUUUAAAGAUUGUUUUGCUGAAUUUAAUGAGUACAGAAAAGCUGGUCUAUAUUGUGAUUUUACGAUCAAAGUUGGUUCAGAAAAAUUCCGAGUGCAUAAGAUUAUUUUGUCUACUGCAACUGAUUAUUUUAAAUUAAUGUUCCGCCAUGAGACUGUUGAGACUCUGUCAGGAGAAGUUGAUAUCCAUGGAUUCAGUGCGGAUACUAUUGAGAAAGUUAUCGAGUAUAUCUAUACUUCCAAAUUCCCUAUUGAUGAGACAUCUGAUAUCGCAUCAUAUAUGCAGGCUUCACAUUUCUUACAACUCACAAAAUUAUGUGGUAUUGUCACUGAAUACCUGGAACAUAAUUUGGGUCCCAAAUCUUACUUCAUCACCAUAAAUAUCUCGAAGUUGUACGAUCUGAAACAACUCGAAGAGAAAUGUGAUAAAAUUGCUUCCAACAGCUUCACAAAAAUUGCAGUACUGGAUGAAUUCAAGGAAAUAGAUGAAAAACGGUUGAUGGGAAUGAUCAAGGCCAGGGAAAACACGGCAACUGAAGAUGAAAAAUGCUUGGCUUUGAUAAAUUGGACAAAAUUUGAUGAGAAGAAUCGUUCAAAGCGGUUUGUCAAAUCUUUCAAGCAAUUUGAUUUGACUAAGAUGUCGCUCACAUUUCGCAGAAAUCUCCUGGAGAAAGAUAGCCUGAUUGCUGCAAAUCCUGAAACUUUACGAAUUGUAGCAUUGUCAAUAAUUGAUGACAAGGCUCCUACAUCGAGCAUUUCUGCAUCAGGUUCUUCUGCAUCAAGUUCAGAAGAUGACGCGUUGGUCGUUUUUGACAAAACCUCUUUCCAUCUACAACAUUUCAAUCCAAGGUCAAAUGAAUGGAAGCAAAUACAGGUAAGCAUCAUCAGCGUUGCAUGACUAACUGAUCAAACUGAAGCACCUAUUUUGCAAAUGGCAGGUCAUGAUCUUUGCAAAUAUACCAAAUAAGCUUAUUAUAGUGAAGAAAUAUUUUCAGCAAACUUUUGUAACGGCUGAAAUGAUUUUUGUUUUGGAACAAGGCCCCACACCCCAAUCGAACCAUUUUUCUUGCCCACAUGGUAGGCUAAAAUUUUGUUUACAGUUUUUGAUUGAUAAAGACGG